CUCUCUCGAUCUCUCCCGAUCCCCUCCCGAUCGCUCCCGAUCUCUCCCCGUCUCUUCUCUCGGCCCCGCGCGAUGCCGAACCCGUCGGGCCAGAUCGGGCGGCUGCUGCUGCUCCGCCGCCGGCCCGCCACGCCCCCUCCUCCGCCGCCGCCGCCGCUGCAGCCGCCGGCCGCCAGGCGAUGCUUCACCACGACCGAGGGGCACCGCCCCACCAUGGUGCACAAGCGCAGCCUCGACAUCCUCCACGAUCCCUGGUUCAACAAGGGAACAGCAUUCUCUAUGACAGAACGAGACCGUCUUGAUCUUCGGGGUCUUCUCCCUCCCAAUGUCAUGUCUUCCGAGCAGCAAAUUGAUCGCUUUAUGGCCGAUUUGAAGAGGCUUGAAGAGCAAGCAAGAGAUGGACCGUCAGAUCCAAAUGCUCUGGCAAAAUGGCGCAUUCUUAACAGACUGCACGACAGAAAUGAGACAAUGUACUAUAAGGUUUUAAUUGCAAAUAUUAAGGAAUAUGCACCUAUCGUGUAUACACCCACUGUUGGUCUUGUGUGCCAAAAUUAUGGUGGCUUGUUUAGACGACCAAGGGGAAUGUACUUCAGUGCUGCGGAUCGUGGUGAAAUGAUGUCGAUGGUGUAUAACUGGCCAGCUGAGCAGGUUGACAUGAUUGUUGUCACCGAUGGGAGCAGAAUAUUGGGUCUUGGAGAUCUUGGAGUUCAGGGAAUUGGAAUUGCAAUAGGGAAGCUAGAUCUGUAUGUUGCUGCUGCUGGAAUAAACCCUCAAAGGGUACUUCCUGUAAUGAUUGAUGUUGGAACUAAUAAUGAAAAGCUUCUUGAAGAUUCAAUCUACUUGGGACUCCAACAGCAUCGUCUUGAUGGUGAUGAAUAUAUCGCGGUAAUUGAUGAAUUUAUGGAAGCAGUGUUUACUCGCUGGCCCAAUGUGGUUGUGCAGUUUGAAGAUUUUCAAAGCAAGUGGGCUUUCAAGUUAUUGCAGCGCUACCGAAACUCCUACAGAAUGUUCAACGAUGAUGUCCAGGGAACAGCAGGAGUUGCACUUGCUGGUCUUUUAGGAGCAGUUAGAGCUCAAGGAAAGCCAAUGAUUGACUUUCCAAAAAUGAAAAUUGUUGUUGCUGGUGCUGGAAGCGCUGGAAUAGGUGUUCUUAAUGCUGCUAGAAAAACCAUGGCAAGGAUGUUGGGAAAUACUGAAACUGCUUUUGCCAGUGCAAGUAGUCAAUUUUGGGUGGUUGAUGCCAAGGGUCUAAUCACGGAGGAUCGUGAUGAUAUUGAUCCAGAGGCUCGGCCAUUUGCAAGAAAGGUUAAAGAAGCUCAUCGUCAAGGUUUGAAGGAAGGCGCAUCCCUUGUAGAAGUGGUGCGAGAAGUCAAGCCCGAUGUGCUACUUGGAUUAUCUGCAGUUGGGGGCCUUUUCUCGAAAGAGGUAUUAGAGGCUAUGAAAGGGUCAACAUCCACAAGACCAGCUGUUUUUGCUAUGUCAAACCCUACCAAAAAUGCCGAGUGUACUCCUGAAGAAGCAUUCUCUAUCAUUGGGGAGAAUGUUAUAUUUGCAAGUGGAAGUCCCUUCAAAGAUGUAGAUCUCGGCAAUGGUCACAUUGGGCACUGUAACCAGGGAAAUAACAUGUAUCUUUUUCCGGGCAUUGGGCUUGGCACAGUUCUCUCUGGAUCAAGGAUUGUCUCUGAUGGCAUGCUACAGGCUGCUGCAGAAUGCUUGGCCGCUUACAUGACUGAAGAGGAGGUCCUUGGAGGGGUGAUAUAUCCAUCAAUAUCUAGCAUUAGAGAUAUAACAAAAGAUGUCGCCACUGCCGUGUUAAAGGAAGCUAUAGAAGAAGAUCUAGCAGAAGGAUACCGUGGCAUGGAUGCACGAGAACUUAAAAAACUCAGUCAGGAGGAAAUUGCAGAGUUUGUGCAGAACAACAUGUGGAGCCCAGACUACCCAUGUUUGGUCUUUAAGGAUAAUUGAUUCGUAUCCUUCUCACACAUAAAGACAUACAAUCAAAGCUGAUGACCGACAUGCUGUGAAGUGUGUAGUACAUUUUUUUUGGCAUCGGGGUGAACGAGUCGCAGGGCAGGUCAACUCUAAGGAUCACCUUGCUAAGUAUCAAUAGUACCAAUUCAAAUGUCUUGCUGUUUGGCUGAUUACCCCCAGCCAAGUCUCGCCAUUCCAUGAUAGUAAUAAUAUCCUGUUGGUGCGUUGAAAUUGUAACUGUGUAUGCACUUAAUUGUAGAGAAGUGAGUUAAAGCAUAGACCACGUGAAAUUAAUAUGAGAAGAUAUGUUGAUGCUGCUUCAACAAAUUAUAUGUCCAGAUGGAGAAGUAUGUGGAAUGCUUCCUUCUUUCCAAGCUAGUCAUCUCCAUCGCUAUCUUGCGUUUACUGGAGACGUUCC